ACCUUAUUACUCAUGCCUUAAUGUCAAAAUUUUCAUUAGAAGUGGAGCUGUUAUUGAUAAUCAUGAUUUUCAGAAUCUUGUUGAGUCUUACUCUUCUAAACUGACUAAAUUUAAAGAUACAACUACUUUGGCAGAGCUUGCUGUGGCUACAGAAAAAGAAACAGUGCAAAAUUUGCAAUUGCACAAAGGUUUUUCAAUAUUAAAAAUCAUUUUUGGCAAGAAUUGGGGCUCUAUGUUUCUAUCAGUUUUUUUAAAGUUUGUGAGCUUACCUAGUUUAUCUACUGCAGUGCAUUCUCUAAAUUUCCUCAAAGUUUCGGCACAUAACCACAACUCAUUUGUCUGUUACUUCCUUGUUCCACAUUCACAAAUGCAGGCAAUUUUUGAAAUCGAACAGGAAUUGCUUGGAGGUAAUUUUAACAUAGAUGGAGUAUUUAUAGAUGACACUCCUAUAGUCAUAAUAAAUAAAGACAAGAUCUCUGCAAUGAGCAUUUUGGAUGCCAGAGAAGAGAACCCACGCGUACAAUUAAUUGAAAGGAGGAAUCAUUUAGAAGAUGAUUAUGGUCAUACGACAAGAGAGGACCAAUUAUUAGAAAAUAUCAAACAAGGCAAGAUUAAUGUAAUCAAGUAUCUCCUUGAUCAUGGAAAUUGUAAUACAAAUUAUAGAAAUGAUAAAGGGGAAACCUUUUUGAUGGUAGCUGUGCGUUCAGGACAAUAUGAAAUAUUCCAAAUUUUAUUGGACAGGACUUCAGAUAUCAAUGCCCAGAAUCAGCAGGGUAAUACAGCACUAAUAAUUGCCUGUGAAGAAGAACAGCACAAAAUGAUUGAACUUCUACUUGACAAUAACGCUAAUCUCAACAUUCAUAACAAUGUAGGGAUGACUGCUUUAAUGUGUGCAUGCCUAUAUGGACUUUACCUUGUAGUGGAAUUAUUAUUAGACAAAGAUCCUCAACUGGAUAUUCAAAAUGAAGAAGGAAUGACUGCUUUAAUAGCUUGCUGCUCUGCAAAUCAUUGUGAAGUUGCUGAACUCUUACUUAGUAAAAACCCUAACGUUAACAUUCAAAAUGGUGACGGGGCAUCUGCACUAAUGUUUGCUAGUUUUAAUGGGGACAUUAAAACUACUGACUUAUUGCUAAGCAAAGAUCCAGAUUUAAAUCUACAAAACAAUGACGGACAAACUUCUUUAAUGAUUGCUUGUGAUAAAGGACAUCGUAGUGUUGUUGAACAUUUGCUUCGUAAUGACCCAGGCAUAAAUAUUCAAGAUAAUGAAGGAAUGACAGCUUUAAUGUUAGCUUGUAUGGGUGGCCAUUAUAAAGUGGUUGAGCUUUUGUUAAUGUAUAACCCAACAAUCGGCAUAAUAGAUGAUGAAGGAUGGACUGCUUUAGAGCAUGCCAUUGACAGUGGACACAACAGUAUUGCAGAGCUAUUGCUACCUGACUUUAACAAGUCAAUGCUUGAUAUUAAUUAUGAAACAGUUUUUUAUUCUGAACAAGAUUUAUAGAUGUACAGGCUAUUAUUUUAAUUUGUUGCCUGUAAUGUGAAUCUGUCUUUUUCAGAUUUAGUGUAGUUUACUAAUUUGUUAUUU